CUGCCUACUGUUGUUUAAAUGGCUCAAGAGAGGUAAAGCUGGACUCAGACUUCCUCAACGCCUUUUAAAAAAAGGUAUUUUAAUAGUAUAUUCAUAUGUAGUAGUUUGUGUGUGGAAGUGAUGUUAAUGAUUCACGAGUACAAUACAAAGUAACAGAGUUGAGUUAAUUAGCAUAGCAUUAUUUCAUUCACGGUUUUUGAAAUUUAUAUUUAAGCACCCUUAGGAAGACAGAACUCAGUCAUUUAGCACAAUCACCACAUACGCUGUUCUGCGCAAGACACCUCAAAGGAAACCACCUCAAAGGAAACCAUCUGAGUCUUCCUGCCUCGGCGGCGAGUGGCUUUGUAUCUUUCAAGCCUUAUUUUGCCUAUUCUUCAUUUUUUUUUUUUUUUCGCCGUAGCGGCUCGGUCACUCAGACACUUCACAACGUUGCCCUUUGCAAUCCUUGUCUCCUCAUUCUUCCCAAAUUCCGCUUGGUCUCACAUACAAAAGGGCAAGAUCGCGCACAAGUACCUAAACCCACGUAGCCCACACGCACACCACCACAGGGCCUGGUGCUGGUGAGGCGCUCAGGAUGGCUGAGGUUACGCAAGGAAGAUGACAGACAGACAGACCCACAGACCGAUACAAGGCAUGCAGAACGGGUAGUGUAGCCACCAGGCUCACUCGCCAUGCUCAGCUUCUACACGGUACCCUUCACUCAGGCGCGUUAUGCAAGGCCCCGCCAGCAGGCCUGACGUCACUACCACGCGCCUCCUGCGUCAUCGCGGCGCGCCGCUGCAGCAAGCGCAGGGCUGAAGCGCUGGCAGCUGUGGGCGCCCAGGCGCGAGCUGCCGGGCGGGUGGACCCGAGCGCUGUGCGAGCUGCGGCUGCGGGACGCCGCUGGGCUGGAGCGCGGGGACAGCUCAUGUUUUGUUUGGGACUUCCACGUUGAGUCAUGGAGGAGUCUUCAGUGACAAUUGGCACAAUAGACGUUUCUUAUCUGCCCAAUUCAUCAGAAUACAGCCUUGGCCGAUGUAAACACACGAAUGAGGACUGGGUUGACUGUGGCUUCAAACCUACCUUCUUCAGAUCCGCAACGCUGAAAUGGAAGGAGAGCCUCAUGAGCCGGAAGAGGCCCUUCGUGGGAAGGUGUUGCUAUUCAUGCACGCCUCAGAGCUGGGAAAGGUUUUUCAACCCCAGUAUCCCAUCUCUGGGUUUGCGGAAUGUUAUUUAUAUCAAUGAAACUCACACAAGGCACCGAGGAUGGCUGGCAAGACGGCUUUCUUACAUCCUUUUUGUUCAAGAGCGCGAUGUCCACAAGGGCAUGUUUGCCACCAGUAUCACUGACAAUGUACUGAAUAGCAGCAGAGUCCAAGAGGCAAUUGCUGAAGUGGCUGCAGAAUUGAACCCGGAUGGAUCUGCCCAGCAGCAGUCCAAAGCCAUCCAGAAAGUGAAAAGGAAAGCCAGGAAGAUCCUUCAGGAAAUGGUUGCUACAGUCUCCCCCGGGAUGAUCAGGCUGACUGGCUGGGUGUUACUAAAGCUCUUCAACAGCUUCUUCUGGAACAUUCAGAUUCACAAGGGUCAACUUGAGAUGGUGAAAGCUGCAACUGAGACGAAUCUGCCGCUCUUGUUUCUGCCGGUGCACAGAUCCCACAUCGACUACCUGCUGCUCACCUUCAUCCUCUUCUGCCACAACAUCAAAGCUCCAUACAUCGCCUCGGGCAACAACCUCAACAUCCCCAUCUUCAGUACCUUGAUUCACAAGCUUGGGGGCUUUUUCAUAAGACGGAGGCUUGACGAAACUCCAGAUGGACGCAAAGACAUUCUGUACAGAGCGUUGCUCCAUGGGCAUAUAGUUGAACUCCUCCGACAGCAGCAGUUCCUGGAGAUCUUCCUGGAAGGCACCCGCUCCCGCAGUGGCAAGACCUCCUGUGCCCGGGCCGGGCUCCUGUCAGUGGUAGUGGAUACUCUGUCAUCCAACACCAUCCCUGACAUCCUGGUCAUCCCUGUGGGCAUCUCGUAUGAUCGGAUAAUCGAAGGUCACUACAAUGGUGAACAGUUGGGCAAGCCCAAGAAGAAUGAAAGUCUCUGGAGUGUGGCAAGAGGCGUUAUCAGAAUGCUGCGGAAAAACUACGGCUAUGUCCGAGUGGACUUUGCACAGCCAUUUUCUUUGAAGGAAUAUUUAGAAGGCCAAAGUCAGAAACCUGUAUCUGCUCCCCUCUCUUUGGAGCAAGCACUGUUACCAGCAAUCCUUCCUUCAAGACCUGAUGCUGCUGCUGCCGAACAUGAAGACAUGUCCAGUAAUGAGUCGAGAAACGCGGCAGACGAAGCCUUCCGAAGGAGGCUGAUCACAAACCUGGCGGAGCACAUUCUCUUCACCGCCAGCAAGUCCUGCGCUAUCAUGUCCACCCACAUUGUGGCCUGCCUGCUCCUCUACAGACACAGGCAGGGAAUCCACCUCUCCACGCUGGUGGAAGACUUCUUUGUGAUGAAGGAGGAAGUCCUAGCUCGGGAUUUUGACCUGGGCUUCUCCGGGAAUUCAGAAGACGUAGUCAUGCAUGCUAUUCAGCUUCUGGGGAACUGUGUCACAAUCACCCACACUAGCAGGAAGGAUGAAUUCUUUAUUACUCCCAGCACAACUGUCCCGUCCGUCUUUGAACUCAACUUCUACAGCAAUGGGGUACUUCAUGUCUUUAUCAUGGAAGCCAUCAUAGCUUGCAGCAUUUAUGCAGUCCAGAAUAAGAGGGGUUCCGGAGGGUCUGCCGGAGGCCUUGGCAACCUGAUCAGCCAGGAGCAGCUGGUGCGGAAGGCCGCCAGUCUGUGCUACCUUCUCUCUAAUGAAGGUACCAUUUCUCUGCCCUGCCAGACAUUUUACCAGGUUUGUCACGAGACAGUAGGAAAGUUCAUCCAGUACGGAAUUCUCACAGUGGCAGAGCAAGAUGACCAGGAAGAUGUCAGUCCUGGCCUUGCAGAGCAGCAGUGGAACAAGAAGCUUCCGGAGCCUCUGAACUGGAGAAGUGACGAAGAAGAUGAGGACAGUGACUUUGGUGAGGAGCAGCGUGAUUGCUACCUGAAGGUGAGCCAGGCCAAGGAGCACCAGCAAUUCAUCACCUUUCUGCAGAGGCUUCUGGGGCCCCUGCUAGAAGCCUACAGCUCUGCUGCCAUCUUUGUCCACACCUUCCGCGGCGCAGUCCCGGAGUCUGAGUACCUGCAGAAGCUGCACAGGUACCUUCUCACCAGGACGGAGAGGAACGUCGCGGUGUACGCUGAGAGUGCCACAUACUGUCUUGUGAAGAAUGCUGUGAAAAUGUUUAAGGACAUCGGGGUUUUCAAAGAGACCAAGCAGAAGCGAGCGUCUGUCUUAGAACUGAGCACCACUUUCCUACCUCAGGGCAGCCGGCAGAAGCUCCUGGAAUACAUUCUGAGCUUCGUGGUGCUGUAGGGUUCCCUCAGCACCUAUCUCCGUGAGGAGCUGAUGAGUCCUUUGCAGACUCCAGUCUGACCCAGAGUGGCAAGUUUCCUGGCAUGGGCCAGCCUGCCUUACCCCGAGGAGACUUCCAGGAAGACAUGUGCCUUCUGCCCCCGUGGACCUGCGCUCCUCCCAACACAGACGCAGUGGCCCGUGCAGAGCACUUGGGGCCAGUGCCACCUGCGCUUCAUGAUCACUAGGUUGCUAGGUGAAAUCUCAGUAAGUUAUUCUGCAGUUUAUUAAAGACGCACAUUUUAAUUUAAGUAUAACUUUUCAGGCUAGUUACUGUGAUGGACACUGAGGUGUUUGUAGAACUGACUCUUACAUAGUAAGAAAUAAUGUUUCCUUUAAACUAAUUGGGCCAUCCGUUCUCUGUCUUCAUUUUAUUGCUGUCAGCAGAAGUUAUGGUUUGUAUUCGAGCACUUUCCUCUCGCUGUCCUGGGCGGGCAGACCCCCCCAUGUGUUUGAAGCUGCCUGAAAGCAGAUGAUACUGUGUAGGUCAGGAAGGGAGACUCUGAAGAAGGAGCUAGCGUCAGAGAGUGAAUCUGGUUGGCCAGGUGAAGCUGUGCUUGGCUAGGAAGUGGCAUUAAAGGCUUUGCUUGUGUGACAAGAGUGCCAUUGAGCUGUAAUGACCACAGUGUUUAGAGUCCCCCCUGCCGAUGCCCGUACCCUCCUUGCCCUGGGAGUGGCAGGCACUGCUGUGUUUGGGGCUCAGCCACAGUGAUCACUGACCUGUGCACACCGCUGGGCCAGGGUCCGCAGACACUGCUCGCUGACCAUGUGCUGCAGCCCUCUCUGGAUGGCUAGUACUCAGAGGGUGCACUGUGCAGCCUGGGUGGCACGCACAGGGUCCCCACUGAGUGGCAGGCGGUUGGAGGCAUAGACAUUUAUGUGGGCCACAUACCCAGACUCCAUUGCCACGUAAAGAAAGGCAAGUAAUUAUGGAAACUUUUUGUCUUAGUGGGUAGGAGCAUAGCUGUUAGUUCUUUGUGGUGAUCAUGGCAGUUUCUCAACAAUCACGUGACAAUACAAUCUCUAACUGUCUACUGUCCGUAUGUAUGGUUUUAUGGAAUUAUGAAUUUUCUGAUGAGUGAUGUAUAGAUGAUUUGAAUUUAUAAAAGCAUUAGGGAUGAAGUUCAUACUUUCCUGAACUUGAGUUUUAAACACUAAUUGUAUCCUGUGAGUGACGUGUGUGUUGGGGGAGGGUGGGGUCCCGCCUGGCAUUACACGGUGCAUGAAGUGGCUGGUCUGGAGCUCAGAGCAGUGAUGCUGUGCUGUGCUGACCCCCACCCUUGCCAUGUGCAUGCCACGUCUCUUCUUCCUUCGCACCAGCUCUCCGUCAACUGUGGCGACUUUGGUGUGGAGUGGCACGGUUACCUUUAGCCUCUGCAUUACUCACUAGGGUAGGCUGACACUUCCCUUGGCUGUACUUGGGGGAUACCGGGGGAGUCUGGCUUACUCCCUUGGGUUUACCUCAUCUGGGGACUCAAGCAUUUUGUUGGUCUCUCCUCUUUCUUUAUUCUCUAAAUGGAAACUGAAGGUGACUCCUUCUGUCAGGUAGCUGCAGGGCCAUUGGCCUGACCUGUCAGUGGGCGUUGCUGUCCUGCCCGUCAGCUCUGCAAAUGCCCGCUGCUCCCCAGCCUGCGCAGAGACAUGUGCAUCCCCUGUCCCGCGCUGUGUUCUCCCUUUCGGUAGGUUUUACUUUGAGGACUGCUGUUUACUGUUGCCUGACAAUUAACUCACUGUGAGGGUAGGUACGCACGCUUCCGUAACUAACUGGUGCUUUGAAACCUUUUUUAAGGAAGAAAAAUCUCUACCAAAGUUAUGCUCUUCCUGACCCUUGAGUUAAUUUUAGCACAACUCAUUCUUCAGUGCCUCAUUAUGAAAGAAAAAAGCAUCAUAAUAUGGCUUCAAGGUAGCCCUGGUCUCUAAUAGAAACAUUCCCUUGUUUUCCAGCCCUGGGUGGCUUCCUCGAAGAAAGAUUAAACAAACUAGGUGCUUGAAUAUAAUUUAUUACAGUUUACUGCAUUUCUGUCAAAUUGAAAUGCAUGGCCUUCAGGGGAAGACUGUGAGUCAAGUUUAAUAGCUACAAACACUGAGCAAUACUGCUGUCCGUAAGACCCAGCCAAGGAAGCCAGAGGGAGGGGCAUUCGUCUCCAAAUCCUAAGGAAAAUGAAGGCAAAAACAAGUGUUACGUCAGUUCAGCCAGGAACACUGUACCCUUCUUGACUCUGUUAAACCGUGCAAGUCAGGAGGCCGAGUACUUUAGAAAGUACAUCUCGGUGGCAGGGAACAGACGCUUGGACAGGAGUUCCUGCCCUGCCGCCUCGGGCCCCACAGUGUUCGGAUCAUGUGAUGUCCUGAGAUGGGAUCCGUGGGAAUGCCCAGUGCCAUGCAGUGUGGAAAGGAUUGCGUCUGCCAGUGCUCACACCCGCUGCACACAGCAUUUCCCAAUCUGUUUGGACCUCAGGACCUUUCCUCCUCUGGGAUGCUGCAUGCCAUGGAAAACGUUUUCAGAAGCUACACGAAUCGCUCUUUCAACAGACCAAAUGUCACCACGGUGACAAGCAGACUCUUGCAUGCUUUCUGUAUCACUCUCGAUGCACCGCGUGCUCUGACUGUCUUUCCUCACAGGAGAGUAAGCACAGGGAACGGGCUGCAGUGUUUUCCUCUGUGGAAGAUCAACUGGCAACCCUGGCCUUUUUAAAACCGAGAGUAGCAGAAUUAAUAGAGGAACUAAUUGGGGUAAAUAAUAAAGGUUUUAAUCCAGAUCUAGAAGAAAACACUGCACAGUUGGAUGCAGAUUUUUAUCCGUAGAUAACCGUAGUGUUUUGAAAUGAUAGGCCCUAUCUUUGAAGUUUCUAAGACUUACUAUGGGAUGUAAAUCUGUUUUUUAAAAACACUUUUUAGGGGCUUGAGAGCUGCCACCUGGUACUUUGUUUAGUGCGACCAGUGACUGCUUCAAGCGACUCUUGACCUUCCCAAUAGCUAAAGGGCUAACUGUUUAUGGAAGGCGUUUGUUAUAGCGUUUGCCCAUUGUACAAAGCAAUGCCUGAUUGUUGUAAAGAGAAUGACCACUGUAAAAUAGCACUGGGUGAUUCUGUGAGUGACACUGCCUUGCAAAUGUUGACUGAUUUUUAUGCCCAAUGAUGGUACAACCUGAGAAGCAUGGAAAUGGAGUUUUGUUUUAAUAAACCAGAAAAAAACCCAAAAA